CGCGAGAUCCGGGCCGCCGAGCGCUCGGGGCCUUUUCAAAUCGCGGUCCGUUACCGCUCCGCGGGCCGCCGCCAUUGUAGCGCUCGGAGCCCUCAGCGCGGCCGAGGCGGAGCCCGCGGCGGGAUGGCCGAUGCCGACAAGCCCGAGGCGGCCGCGGGUGACGACGGCCCGCAGCAGCAACCGGCUGAGCCGCGGCGAGACACGCACCCCGGCGAGCCGGAGAAACCGCCGCGCAGCAGCGCCAACGGCGUUAAAAUGGAGAAUGAUGAAUCAGUGAAGGAAGAAAAAUCUGAUUUAAAAGAAAAGUCUACAGGAAAUAAGAAGGCCAAUCGGUUUCAUCCUUAUUCAAAAGAUAAGAAUUCGGGCACUGGAGAAAAGAAAGGUCCAAAUCGGAACAGAGUGUUCAUUAGCAACAUCCCCUAUGACAUGAAAUGGCAGGCUAUUAAAGAUUUGAUGAGAGAAAAAGUUGGUGAGGUUACAUACGUGGAGCUCUUUAAGGAUGCGGAAGGAAAAUCAAGGGGUUGUGGCGUGGUUGAAUUCAAAGAUGAAGAGUUUGUAAAGAAAGCAUUAGAAACUAUGAACAAAUACGACCUUAGUGGAAGGCCUCUGAAUAUUAAAGAGGAUCCUGAUGGAGAAAAUGCUCGCCGGGCACUGCAACGAACAGGAACAUCAUUUCAAGGAUCACAUGCCUCUGAUGUGGGAUCUGGGUUGGUGAACUUGCCACCUUCCAUUCUCAAUAAUCCAAACAUUCCUCCUGAGGUUAUCAGCAAUUUGCAGGCUGGUAGACUUGGCUCUACAAUUUUUGUUGCUAAUCUUGACUUCAAAGUUGGUUGGAAGAAACUAAAGGAAGUGUUCAGCAUAGCUGGAACUGUGAAGCGGGCUGAUAUUAAAGAAGACAAGGAUGGCAAGAGCAGAGGCAUGGGCACUGUCACUUUUGAGCAGGCAAUUGAAGCAGUCCAAGCAAUUUCCAUGUUCAAUGGGCAGUUUUUAUUUGAUAGACCUAUGCAUGUGAAAAUGGAUGACAAAUCUGUCCCUCAUGAAGAUUACCGUUCGCAUGAUAGUAAGACAUCACAGUUACCACGUGGUCUUGGAGGCAUUGGGAUGGGACUUGGUCCAGGUGGACAGCCUAUUAGUGCCAGCCAGCUGAACAUAACUGGUGUAAUGGGAAAUUUGGGUCCAAGUGGUAUGGGAGUGGAUGGUCCGGGUUUUGGAGGAGUGAAUAGAAUUGGAGGAGGAGUUGGGUUUGGUGGUCUGGAAGCAAUGAAUAGCAUGGCAGGCUUUGGUGGAGUUGGCCGAAUGGGAGGUGGCAGCAUGAGUGGCAUGAGCACCGUGACGGGAGGCAUGGGCAUGGGACUGGACCGCAUGAGCUCCAGCUUCGACAGGAUGGGUCCGGGCAUCGGAGCCAUACUGGAAAGGAGCAUUGACGUAGACCGAGGGUUUUUAUCGGGUCCCAUGGGAAGCGGAAUGAGAGACAGAUUAGGCUCCAAAGGCAACCAGAUAUUUGUUAGAAAUCUUCCUUUUGACUUGACUUGGCAGAAAUUGAAAGAGAAAUUCAGCCAGUGUGGUCAUGUAAUGUUUGCAGAAAUAAAGAUGGAGAAUGGCAAGUCAAAAGGUUGUGGGACAGUCAGGUUUGAAUCCGCAGAGUCAGCUGAAAAGGCCUGUAGAAUAAUGAACGGCAUCAAGAUCAGCGGCAGGGAAAUCGAUGUGCGCUUGGACCGUAAUGCAUAAUUUCAAGCAUGGUUGGAACAUUCCCUCAUCUGUCUAUUGACUCUCCUAGUAAAAGUCAUUUUUUAGUAAUGUUGUAUGCUUACAAAUGCUGUAAAAAUGAACUUUUAAAACUCCCACCAGCUUUUAACAGUAUAAUGUUGAAAAAUAUACUGUGAUUUUUGUUCUCUUAAGUUUGAGUUUCUAGAGACAGCACGUGUGGUCAUUCAGUUUCAGUGGAUGGACAUACCAUUUUAAUGAAAUAAGCCAUUUUGUUACUUUCAGUAGUAGAGUUUGUCUGUUCUAGUCCUCCCCCCCCUUUUUUUCUUUUAAAAUCUCUGCUUUGUAUGUAAUUGUUAAAGGAAAGAAAGGGCUCAGACAAAUUAGGAUAUGAUUUGGUUUGGUUUAAAUUACUUUUCUCUGCUUAUAAAGAAUAGUAAUUAAGUGUUACACUCAAAA